AUGAAGAGGGCGCACAGCAUCGCCAUGGAGACGGUGGAGACGGUGGAGGGCCUCAGGGAGGAGCACAAGCAACUGGUGGAGAUGCACGAGUCGGGAGUGCAGGAGCCGCUGUACAUGUCUGUGGGCAUCAUGUUCGCGAUUGGCGCGACGGGCUCGCGCUGCCGCGGACGGCGUUUACGGCACUCGGAUCGGACCAUGGAGAUCGAGACAGGGUCCUCGUGGCAGUUGAUGCUGCCUUGGUCUGGGAGCCCUUCGCCAGAUUCCUUUGGGGCUUCGACGCCUCGCGACGAAGGCGUCGCGAUGUCCGACGGCGAGGAGGAGGGGCCCUGGGAGCACGAGAUGAUCAGGCAGCCGAGCGCAGUCGCCGACUGGCUGGUAGCGCCGGAGACCAAGAGCGCGGCUUCGCCAUCAGCGGUGCCGACAGCGGUGGAGUCUCCGAGCAAGCCGUCGGGAUCUCUCAGCGGCAGCGUGGAGCUCGGCGAGGGCUCUCAGCACGACCAGAUGAUGUCUCGCCUCCUUGACCGCUUGGACCGGCACAAGGAGAUCGCGCAGAGCGACAGCUUGGCAGCGACAGCAGGAUCACCGACGGCAGCGCCCGAGGCGUCGGUCCAGCAUCCCGAAGUGGAGGCCCUGGUGCGAGGCUUGGACGACUCGUUCAAGGACGUGCGCGUGAUGGCCAAGGAGAAACUGAACGCGUUCUCCCCAAGCGUGAGCUGGACGAUCCCAAGCGGCAUCAAGACACCAGUCGCUCCCUCGAUGGCGGCGAAGCGGCACAAGAACAGGUCGACCGUCGUGUCGGCCAUCCGCGAGAUGACUCGCCUCAAGCAACUGGACGGCAACCACAUGGCGGAGGAGAUGCUGCUGAUGGGCACGAUGAUCGACAGAUCCAUGAUCGAGGCGCCAGCGGACUGGAUCAACUACAAGACGACCGAGCUCGCCAUGUGGAGGAUGCACGGGAUCGAGCGGGCGUUCGAGCACGCGAAGCAGAGGAGCGACUGGAAGCCCCCGAAUGGCGCAAAGCAGGAGUGGAAGUCGGAGUCAACUCUUAUGUGCCGGAGGUCUCGGACGGCCCAGGAGAAGGCGGUCAGAGGCAGGGCGAACGCGGCUGCGAGGUCCUCGACGGCGUUGACGACUGGUUGCCACGACCGACUUCGAGACACGGAAUGGGGCAGCGCAAAUGAGUGGGCGAUGAGCCACGAGCUGCCACGGAGGAUCUCUGAGAGGGUGCUGCAGCGCCACCGAAAGGCCCAAGACCUGAGGAUGCACGCCUCCGACGACGAGUCCGCUUUCGAGCGGCUGGCCUUGCGAAGACUGGGCAUGCGGCUAUACCUGCAUCGAACGACGACGAGGGAGCGCCGGAUCUACGAGAAGAUGGCCCUGCCGCCGAGACAGGUGGACGAGACGGACAUCGCGAACACACGCGCCUACACCGACCCGAGCAUACGAGCGUCGAUCGAUCAACUGUUGAAGGAGAUGAAGAGAAGAAGCAUGAAGGUUCCGAGCGUGCCGAGAGGAAGCCGAUACCUGCGCCUAACCGUGAUGCUCAUGAGCUUCGGUUGGUCUCCAGCGAUCUGCCACGGAGCGCUGGAAAACAUAAUAUGCAACCUGCACGGCCCCCCGAGUCGCGGCCAGCUCGCGCACGGCCUGGUGCCCCCCAGCUUCGCGGAGGUGGCCUUCAUCUACUGGGUCUCCAUGGACGAGUUUGCCUCCUUGGCUCUGGUGAGCGAGGACGAGUCUACGAUCAUGGCCACGGUGAAGGAGAUCGCCCGCCCGAGGCUCACAGAGGUCGGGCUGGACAUGCACAUGGACGGGCCAGGGGACGCGAUUCCCCUCUCCCUCGGGGCGACGAUCGCCGAGAAGCCCCACCGACUGACGGCCGCAGGGGACAAGGUUCGGAACGUGAUCGGAGCGACUAGAGCCCUGCUGGCCCGAGGGCACGCGACGUCCCAGGAGCUGUCGCGGACAGUAGGCUCUUGGGUCUGGUCAGCGAUGCGCUGCCGCUCCGCCUUCUGCCCGCUGGACUCGCGCUACACGUUCGCGACGAAGUACGGCGGGGAUCAAGGGCGGCACGAGCUGUGGGAGAGCGCCCUGAACGCUCAGUGGAGCGAGACGGCGUUCGCCGCGGACGCGAGCGAGACAGGCCUGGGCGCAGCGGAGAUCGAAGCGUCGUGGGCCGAGGUGAAGGCGGAGGUCGACAGGCAGCGGAGGAUCCAGCAGCUGCGCGACAUGGCGAGGGACGACGAGGAGGAGGAGAUGCUGAGCGGCGACGCGCUGGAGUGCUUAAAGCGAAGUUUCCCUCAGGUGACUGGCGAGAGCGAGGUGCCGCCCCAGCGAUGGAUGGCCGACGUGUUCGCAGGCUACGGCGGCUUCGGCGGGAAGGUGCGGAGCGAGCGCCAGUGCGAGACCCCGUUCGUGGACAGUGCUCUGGACCCACGGCGCGACCUGAUGGACCCAUCCUUCGUCGAAGUCGUGUGCCAAGCCAUCCUGAACGGGCUGUUCUUCCUAGUUCACAUGGCGCGAAGGGUCCGAGAAGGGAACGCUCUGGCGCAGGCGGCGAUCUCCAUGCGCGUCGCGCGCAUGGCAGCAAGCGCGGGCUUCUCCCCCGAGAACCCCGGGGCGCCCUUGAUCUGGGGCCUCCCCGAGAUGAUCAAGUUGAUGGAUCAGGAGGGCGCCUUCGCGGUGGAGAUUGCGCACUGCGCCUUCGGGGCCAAGUGGCCGAAGCCGACCGGCCCGCUCGCAAACGCGGCAGCGCAGAAGGACCUCGACUGUCUCUGCAGCGCCCGCGCGAAGCUGGCGCGGCAGGCGAUCGACGCGAGGGAGCUGGGCAUCCACGACUGGCAUCUGUGCAGAUCGCCCAUGCGCUGGUUCCGUGAAUUGCUGGUUCUGUGCGACUCGAUGGCGACGGCAGGCGCGGCGAGAAAAAUUAAGGGCUUACCCCGCCCGCUGAUGACGCAGUUGAGGAAGAUUGGCGCCAUCACCCUGGCGACGGGCGCGAGGCUGACUUUGAGGUGGACACCUACGGACAUGAACCCAGCGGACGGCCCGUCGAGAGGGGAAAGCGUCGGCAGCGCCGAGGUCACCAAGACGAAGGCCGAGCAGAAGAAGGACGUCCUGGAUUCUAAGCACCCGUUCGAAAGGGACCACGAGACGCCGAAGCAGACGAGCGGCAUGGAUAGGCCCGUCAACAAGAUCUCCUUCGAAGACGACAAGCUGGAGCGGCCUCUCCGGCUGCUGAUCCACGCCACGCAGGACGACGCCAACGUGCGGUACAUCAAGGAAGUGGAGCCUUUCGUUCGCGAGGUGCACAGGAAGCCUCUUCCAUUCUCCAGUCCAGGCGAGCGGGACAUCACGGUGGCCGCCGAACUGGACAGAAGAUGCUUCGCGGAGAGGGCCCCCCUGAACAAGGGCACCAUGCUGCACCACGGACUGAUGCACAUCAACCCAGAAUGGAAGUCGGAGAUGCCGAAUGCCCUGAGAGCGUUGCACAGCUGGGAGAGGCACCAGGAGACAUGGGAAGAGGGCCUGGCCUCAGUGGACGCAAUCUACUAUAUUUCCCGAGAAGCAGUUCAGCGAGGCCACGCGGACGAAGGGAUGGUCUUCUUGCUGGCCUACGAUUGCUAUCUUCGAGAGCAGGACUGGCUUCAGCUGAAAGCGGAAGACGUGCAUGUGAGUUAUCGAGAUCAAGCAGAUCCGAGGUCAAUCAACGCUGCGAUCCUGCUCGGACGACGCCACAGAGGAGAGAGCGUGAAGACCUAUCGAUGA